AAUACCACACAAGUUUUCAUUUGAGAUUUGGCAACUACGGCUUGCCGUACACAAAGCUUCCGGGUAGCAAUAGCUACCGCGCGUGCGCAAUGUUGUUGUAUGCUUGAGCCUGUAAGAGAUUUGAAAAAGCAGUAAAUGGAUAGUGAGGACGCUCCAGCCCAGCGGCCAGUCACUUUGGACAUCACAGUAGAGGAUGUCACCCAGGAGACGCCAUCCCCAUGUCCUCCAGAGUCAACUAGCAGUCAAACUCCUGCCAGAGAUAAUUUCCUGCCACAGGGAGAGAGCAUCGACCUUGGGGGAGACUUUGCAACGCCCCAGGGAGACAGCAGUGCUUCACCCCCAGAAAGUCUGAUGGACAAGCUCAAUGACCAAAUGAUGGAGAGUGUCAUUAUCUCAGAUUCAGCCAAUAACAGUGAGGAGGAGGAUGUUGCUCCCAUUGACUCAUUCCUUGAAUGUGGCGUUGAUGAAGGAAAUGAAAGAUACACAUCAUGUGACACUGAGGAACAAACCGACUGCAUACAGAUUAUGACUGAGACUGACAUUUCAGAUGUGCAGCAGGAAGAAGAAUCUGACAAAAAUGAGGAGAUAAAACCAAGAGAGCGAGCAAAUUCAUCUCACACUGACACACAGUGUCCAUCUAGUUUUAAAAGUGAGCAACCAGUGUUGGAAAUGGGGACAAAUAUCAAAGAUGAGCCUGUGCCAGUUUGCACUAUAUUUAGCCAGAGUAAGCAGCCAAAUUCCCUGAUACCUGACGGCUUCCAGCCCACCCUCAUCAAGUCCCCGAGCUUUAGUAUGGGGAGCGGUGGGGGAGGUGAUGAAGCAGUAACCCCCAGCAAGUUGACCAUUCCACUUGUAUGCCAGCCUAGCCCUAGCCUCAGCAAAUUCUUCAGUGACAAUGGACAGGGCAAUCCAGCCUCUGACUUUUUUGAUUCCUUCAUGGCCCCCUCCUCCUUCAUCUCAGUGUCCAACCCCAAUGCAGAGAUCCCUCCAGGCCCAACUGAUACACCUAUAGCCACAAACCCCCACCAGCUCUCUUUUACCUCCUCCUCCUGCGCCACCCCUGGUACACCCACUCCCCACUCAAGACAUAGGUCUGCCACUCCUGACUUUGCAGCCAAGUGUCAGUCUCCUCCAUCCCCAACAUUACCAUCUCCAAGUCAAGCCCUUGCCUCAGCUCCAGUCACACAGGCUUUCAACCAGCUACAGGCUGUGUUCUCCGGAAGUGACGAUGCAUUUGCAACGGCGCUCAGUCUGAGCGAGGUGGACAGACGCCAUGAUGCAUGGCUGCCAUCUGAGGAGACGAGGAAGUCAUUGCUCUCCAUGGCCACACAGCAGUAUAGCCCAGUAUAUGCAGAGAGUAACAGACUCACCAUGCCCGGCCUUAAGUUUGACAACCUUCAGGGUGAUGCUGUAAAAGAUUUAAUGCUUCGAUUCUUGGGGGAGCAAGCGGCCAUGAAACGACAAGUUCUUACUGCCAACUCUGUGGAACAGUCCUUCCUGGGUCUCAAACAGCUCAUUAGCAGUAAGAACUGGCGAGCAGCGGUUGAUCUGACAGGCCGUCUUUUGACAGCUCAUGGCCAGGGAUAUGGAAAAGCUGGACAGCCAACUUCCCAUAUCACUAACUCACUUCAGCUUUGGUUCGUGCGUUUGGCCCUUCUGACCAAGCUAAACCUCUUCCAAAAUGCUGAGCUGGAAUUUGAGGCUUUUGGUGACCUGGAUCAACCAGACCUUUUUUAUGAGUACUACCCCACUGUAUAUCCCGGUAGAAGAGGUUCCAUGGUGCCAUUCUCCAUGCGGUUACUGCAUGCCGAGUUUCCCCAGCACCUGACUAAGCCCCAGGAGGCUCUGGACCGCCUGCACAAUCUCAAAACUGUCUGCCUCACAAUCCUGGAGAACUUGGAUAAAGGCUUGGCCGAGGAUGGCGGCACGAUCACCCUAACAGAGGAGAAUCGGCAAGAAUCUCUGAAGCUGUGGAAAUCUCGUCUCAGUCGAGUCCUCUACUCCAUGGCCAACUGUCUGCUGGUGAUGAAGGACUAUGUUCUGGCUGUAGAAAUCUAUCACUCCAUCAUCCAGUAUGAACCCCAGCAGAGAGCACAGCUGGUCAGUGGCAUAGGACGCAUCUUUUUGCAGAUUGGAGACAUUAAAGCAGCUGAGAUGUAUUUCUGCGAUGUGGAGAAAACAUGCCAGAUGACAGACAGCGAGCCCUGCCUCACAACAUGUGUGUUGAUGAACAGGGCAUUUGUCUACCUCAGUCAGAACAACUAUGCUGAAGCACAUGCAUCCUUCAUGGAUGUUUUAAAGAUGGAUCCAAAAAACCCAGUUGCCAACAACAACGCAGCCGUGUGCCUGCUCUACCUGGGCCGUCUCAAGGAGUCCCUGGGCAAGCUCGAAGGCCUGGUGCAGCAAGACCCAGCCCUCUACCUCCACGAGAGCGUCCUCUUCAACCUAACCACUAUGUAUGAACUGGAAUCUUCACGCAGCACCCAGAAGAAGCAGGCGCUGUUGGAGGCUGUGGCCUGCCGAGAAGGAGACAGCUUCAACACUCAGUGCCUCAAACUGAGUGUUUGAAAAAAUGAGGCCUUGGGGAAGAGGGCACGAUCUACUGUACAAGCAACCCCCCCCCCCCCCCCACUCCCAAUGUGGGUCUUGCUCAUGCAAGAGAGAGGUGACUGUUCAGUGCUUGGAUUGGUUUCUCAAAAGCAUUUUCUUCUACCAAAAAUAAGAGGCUAAACCCCAUCUGUAGACAUUAGAAUUGUUAAGGAAUGCUUUGACAAUUGGGAAAUACAGUAACUCCUCAUUGUUGAUAUUUUGUUUGAUUUUUUUUUUUUUUUUACACAAUAUUAUACAGUACUUCUUAAAAGUUUGACUAUUCAAGCCAGAGUUCUUUUCCGAUGACACCUUCAAUUGAACUGGUUGGCAAAUUAAGAUUUGUUGAACAUUUUGUUAACAAUAUAAUUCAAAUACUUACACUCUUCUGAAAUCAACCAGACACUUCAGCUCCACCAUAUGUUGACAGUUGAAGUCGUGGCGCGUAAGUGUUUAGUGCUAGGUCGAAUAGUAUGCUGCUCGUACUCAACAGGCUUGCCAGGCCAGCGAGUACGAAAUCUAGAUGGGCUUGGAUGCUACGCCAACUGCCUCACAGGUGGUAUUUCAUCAUAUCAAUACAGUGGACCCCCAAGCCAGACUACGAAUAGCGAAAAUCUGCAGAUAAUUGAUGCCCAUUAUCAUUAAUUACAUUGGAAAUAUAGAUAUACGCACUACAUUGCCAAAGGUAUUUGCUCACCUGCCUUGACUCACAUAUGAUUUUGUGAUAUCCCAUUCGAAAUCCACAUGGUUUAAUAUGACGUUGCAGCAUCAACUCUUGUGGGAAGGUUUUGGAGUGAGUUGAUUGGGAUUUUUGCCCAUUCUUCCAGGAGCAUAUUGGUGAGGUCACAUACUGAUGUUUGACGAGAAGGCCUGGCUCACUGUCCGCUCCAAAACAACCCAAAGGUGUUCUGUCAGAUUGAGGGCAGGACAGUCAAGUUCAUCCAUACCAAAUUAUUUCAUCCAUCUCUUUAUGGACGUUGCUUUGUGCACCGGUGCACAGACAUGUUGGAACAGGAACGGGUAAUCCCCAAACUGUUUGACUGUCAAAUAUCUCUUGCGACGCUGAAGCAUUCACACUUCCUUUCACUGGAUCUCACGGCUAAUAUUUUGGACAUUUCCAACUUUGUGGGAGCAGUUUGAGAGUUUGAUGUGGAUGAACUUGACUGGCCUGCACAAUCCUGAACUUUUGGCAAUAUAGUGCGUGUGUGUGUAUAUGUAUGUAUAUAUAUAUAUAUAUAUAUAUAUAUAUAUAUAUAUAUAUACAUAUGUAUGUAUAUAUAUAUAUAUGUAAAUGUGGUUGUAUGUUACUUGAUCGAACAGCUUUGGGAUAAAUUGGUGUGCAAACUUGAGAGCCAGGCCUUCUCAUCCAACACCACUGUGUGACCUCACAAAUGCACUUCUGGAAGAAGGGUCAAAAAUUCCCGAUACACAUUCCUGGACCUUGUGGAAAGCCUUUUCAGAAGAGUUGUAGCUGUUAUAGCUGUAAAAGGUGGACCUAUGUCAUAAACCCCAUUAAUUAAGAAGAGCAUGUCACUUCAGAUCAUAUCUGAGUCAAGGCAGGUGAGCGAAUACCUUUGGCAAUAUAGUGUGUAUAUAUAUAUAUUUUUUUGAAACCCAAAAAAUACUUGAAUAAAUGGGUAUAUACCACCAAUUGGUGUUUUCGGUGUUGGUUACCCCCCAAAAAGGGGAAAAAGAACAUUGGAAAAAAAAGAUUUUGCGAAUAGGUGAAUCUGCGGGGGUCCACUUAAUUACAUUCUAUCAAAUCUGCAGGUUCACAAUGUGAGACGAGCUGAGUUUGAACAUAAACCAAGUUUGUGAGACAAGGGCAUUAUACUAAGACUCACUAUGCUUAAAGUCCAUUAAGCAUGCACUGCAUGCAAUAUACAUAAACCACUGUGAUUGUAUUGUAACUUCCUGUGUGUGUGUGUGUGAGUAUAUACAUGGGAAUAUAAUGUGUAUAUAAAUGAAAAUACAAUGGUCAUUGUUUUUCAGAUUCAAUGAUUAGCGUGAUUAUGUUCUUAAAAACAUUCAAUUUUACUGUUUAUAUAUAGUGUUCAUCAUAAUUCUGUAUGAAUGUUUUCUUUACCAUAAUAAAAGCAAUGUUAGUUCAAAGUGCAUAGGAAAACUCCAUACCAUACUUUCAUUGACGACAGUGACAUUUUAUUGUUGGCGGGGGGGCAUGUCCGUCGCAUUAGUUUGUUUGUUUGUUUGUUAAUACGCUGCUGGAUUUAUAGAACCUGGCAAACAAAUAUGUCACUACACAUACUUGUUGCAUAAAUGCUUUGAUUUCAAAUGACAUUACUAUUUCAAUAAAUGUUCCAAAAAACGGA